AUGGAUGCUUCUCAAACCCAAUUUCUGCCAACUGGCGAAGCCUCCCUUCAUCGAAGUGCUCCUCCACUCGCCCCUACCCAAGAACUGGCUUAUCGAAAGAAGUGCAUUGCCCUAAAAAGACGCCUCGCAGAAAUCGAAGCCAACAAUGACGCUACUCGGAGGAAAAUCAUACAAGAGACUGAACAUGUCGAGAAAAUGCGCCUGUUGCGCGCCAUUCUCCUCAAUCAACUCAAAGACAUCAUGACUACGCCGGCCAAAAAACUUACGCCUGAACAGCGCGAGCAACUCGGUGCGCUAGCAAAUGGGAGGGUUAAUCUUGCGGAAUUGGCUGGUGCCGGCAUCACACAAGACCUACUACGCACCCGACCGGAUAGGGAUGGGCUUUUAGAUGACAGUUCGGAGGAGAGCGAUGAAGACGAACCAGAGCCUCAAGAAAGACCUGAAAGACGUAAGAGAGCCAACAAUAGCUAUCGAGGCGAACCAAUCCUGAAUACCAACACCCCUGGCGACUCAUCCGCCCCCCCAUAUCAACAGUCCUCCUUACCGAACUUGGCUCCUGCAAAUUCUUUCUCGUCUACAGCACCCCUAGAACCAACGCCGCAAAAUUCUUUCCGCCUCUCUACUACGACCCCGUUCGUCGGUACAACUGAGUCGAUGCACGCCCCAUCUUCACCUAUUCUUGGCAACCAACACUCGGCCAUGCAGUCUCCUAGUCAGUCUAUGACCCAUCCAGAAAUCAAUGGCCUCAGUCGAGGGCCAGCUCCCCAAGCACGACCGGAACGACCAGAGGCUCCAUUUGUGCAGUUCACACAACAUAUGCGCCCACAACUUGAAGCUGACGACUAUCCGGCUCAUCAGAUCGCUGCCAGGAUUCAAUUUGAGUGGGACGGGCUCAGCAGUGAGAAUAGAAAGCUUUGGGAUGACAGAUAUCAAGACCAAAUGGUGGAAUACACCGCGGCUAUGGACCGGUACAAGAAAGCCUCUCGACGCGAAGCAUCAAGCAGU